CAGAACGACGCGAUGUUUACUUUCUUUACUUUUUCAAGUUUUUUCCGUUUUUCGUCGAAGUCUUCGACUUUGACUUCCCUUCCCGAUUUUAGCCACCGGGUAGGAUUUCCCUCUUCGCAAUUGCACAGUGCAAUAGGCGUUUAUUUUCCGAUCUCUUUUCAAACGUCCAAGAAAGAUGCUUUACAAAGACUCGAUCAAGGUAAGUUGGGCGGAUGAGGUUGAGGAACACUUAGAGAAAACGACUCUGCCGCAGUCAAAAACCGAGCAGGUGGGAAACAACCGUAUUAUAACAGAAUACCGAUGGAACAAGGACGACAAGAAAGAAAAGGUGGUGCGCACCUACAAGAUUGAAAAACGGCUGGUCUCUAAGACUGUAGCCGAGCGGAAGACGUGGUCCAAGUUCGGUGACUCGCGCAAUGACAAGGCUGGACCUAAUAUUGCGACGACUAUACCUGCUGAAGAAAUACAGAUGCAGUUCUUGUCUGACAAAGACGGUGACAAAGCAGAGGAGAACCCGUUGGACAAGCUGAAGAAUGUGAACAUGAACAUUAAGUGUCGUACGUGCGGCGGCGAACAUUGGUCUUUCUCAUGUCAUCUCAAGGGCACUGGUUUGAUUGUUGAAGACAAAAAAUUAGUGCAAGAGAAAGUGUCUGAACCCGAAAAGAACACCGGAACUAACAGGCCAUACGUCCCACCUUCAGCACGAGAAGGAGCUACGAAUACUGUAGGAAAACGAGAUCCAUACUCGCGUGGUUAUGAUGAAGUACCAGCCAUUCGUAUUGAAAAUCUUUCAGAGAGUACAUCUGAAGCAGAUUUGAGUGAACUAGUCAAUAAGUUUGGGCAUAUUGCUCGAAUUUUCCUGGCUUCUAACAAGGUUACAGGCGCUUGUAAAGGGUAUGCGUUUGUAAAUUUCAAAUCUAAAAUGGAUGCCGAACGAGCCAUCAAAGGUUUGCAUGGAUAUGGAUAUGAUCAUUUAAUUUUGAAUGUUGGUUGGUCAACAAAUAACUAUAAAGCUGGUGCAUAAUAUUCUAAUACAUGUGAUGGAU